AUGCUCGGCUGGGCGCUACCGAGUUCGCCGCCGAACACGCAACGGAAGCGGACUAUCGAGCUUGCAACCACAAUUACUCCAAAUGACGGCGAGAUAAUGCAAGUCGGUAGUACUCAGGUUACCAACGCUACCCCACUGAAUCUUCCCACCCUCCAGCCCCAAGAUCAGCCUGCUACAGAGCCGCUCGAUGCAGAUGUAAUCACAAUUCCAAUAGAUGCGUUCCAGGAUUUGAUACGAUCCACGACUCCACCAGGAUCACCAACAGAAUCAGAGCAAAACGAGAACGACCCUCGGAUACGCAUCACUUCAAGGGAAGGUAUCGUAGAAAUGGAAGUGCGUUUACCGCCUAGAAUACUUUCCACUCACACGGACGUCGCAGAAGCCUCGGGUUCCUCGCGAGAGGAUGCAGCCGCUGAGUCGCGGAACCGAGCACGCUCAACAGCCGGCCAUGUAUACCACCGCGUCACUCAACUCUCGUGUGAGCCUGCACAGAUGAUCAGUGCAAUGGUGAGAGCUCAGCUUGUCGGUCUUGCCAUGCUUCCGUUUAGGAUGGUCACUUUGCGAGCGAUUGCUUCACACUAUCUGGCCAACCAAGGCGGGUAUGCGGGGUCGUAUCGCGUUGUAGGUCCACUGGGACUCCACAACGAUGUAAGCUGGCAGAACAUUGGUAACCAGCUCUCACGCGUAGCGCUCUGUGGUGCAUUGGAAUUAUCUAUCGAUCUUGGCUUGUGGGGACUGCAAUAUCUGGCCAUCACAAAGUUUGGGCAGAGUGUCUUCGGAUGGGGUACACUAUAA